UUCAGGUAUAUAGUGGGGGGGAAGUACCAUGCAGUAGUGGGGAUGAAGUCAGGCUCUCACUCUUGCACACUGAAGGCUACCGGGAAUAUACGGUUUAGCCUGGUGUUGGUCGGCGCACGCCACUAGCCGCGUCCUUAGAACAUAACAGAACCUAUCUGAAAGCGCUGAGAACCCCCCCGGAGGUUCUGUAACACAAUUGUCGUUUUUACGGAGCGGGAUAAAGAGAAAAAAAGAGGAAAACAUUGGACUCCCACGUUAUUUUUAAUUCUACGCGCGCAAAUUUUCACACCACAACCGCCAUAUUGAUAACUGUCAUCCCCGCGUUAAAUCAACUAUUGAGAUGUUAAAAAUUGGUACGAUUUGUUGAACAUUAGUUGUUGAAGAUUUACCUCUGAAUGCAUCGGAGAUUGAUACAUGGAGGACUUUUGAUGCUCAUUUACGAUGUGAAUUGCAACUAUGCCAGUGAUUUGAUGUUGUCAUCGUAGUUUCAUUUACACUUCAAAGAGUUGAAUUUAUUUAAUGAUUCAUCAGUCGCAAGUGCUCUCAUGUGUAUCUUCGGAGCGGUUUCUUUCAGCAGUUACAAUUUACAAGUUAUUUUAUUAGAAUUUCAUACGUCACGAAUAAUUCACGGGGAUUGUAAUCUUGGCUGUAAAUUGUUACGGCAAUAAGUUGCACCAUAACAGCACUAAAUAAGGCCUCCAAGUAGUUUUCUUCAAUACUGUUGACAAUGAAUGUUGGAAAUGAACAGUCCACUGGAGCACGAUUUUGUUGAUGGCUUUGGUUUCACGAGUAACAGUAAUAUCCCAGAGGAAGACACAGACACUGGAUUACAAAUACUUGAUAACGAGAUUGAUAUCGUUAAAGCUCUUGAGUGUGCACCUGAGGAAUUGCCGCAGUGUGAAAUUUGUGCGCAAAAAUUUUUGAGCAAAAAAGAAUUGAGGUCUCAUAUUACUAUUCACCUUGGCCAGCCUAGAAUCAUCCUGAAGAGGUGCAGCAGCCAGCACAAGAACAGGAAGAGGGAGAAGGAUAUUUACUCGUUGAAUCAGGAUCAGAAGGGCUCGCUGAAGUUGACUCUGAAGAAGCAGAAGCACAGUGACUUCACUGUGAUUAACAGGGAUUUGGAUUUAACGACGGAUAUAUCAGAGACGGAGGUGGCUGACACGGAGGGUAAUGAGCAAACGGUUGAAGAAGAGACUGAAGAGGAAUCGACCAGUGAUAGGGAUGAUAAUGCCAUGCUGAGGGAUGGGAAUGAGGAUAAUGAUGAUGAUAAGUCAUCGGACGAUAAUGAUAGACCAUCUGCUGAGGUUAAUGAAGGUGACUCUGGUGUAGGUAGCGAUAUGGCUAAUCCGUCUGAGAAGGAAGAUCAGAAUGUUGAUGAUUUAGCUGGUGAGCAGGAGGAGAAUGAUGAGCCGGACAAAAUUGAGGAGAGCGAGGAUCCCGAAGAGUCUGAUGCUUUGGAGGCAACGUGCAGGGAGACUAUUGAGAAUUUGAAAAAGUUGGGCGAACAGUCGAGUUCUAGGUCCGUGAGGAAUGACAUGUCGCCUAGGGAUCCAAACCUCGAGCCCCCCAGUUCUCCAGUCCUCCCCGAGGGCUCCCCAAGUAGCGAAGCAAUUCCCGAGACAACCCAAGAGAAAGAUGCAUCCAAUUUCGCCUGGAUAUCCAACAAAGACGACGAAGACCUGACCAAGAAUUCUGAUCGAUCACCACUGGACCUGCCGGACCCAUCAGCCCCAGACAGUGCAACAUCCCUCCUCCAGAAUUUCCUCCUGGAGCACCACCGAAAAAAUCAAACCACCAACGAAGUGAUAACACUCCCAGUGGAGACUGAGUACGUCUCAUUAGAGAGAUUAGCCGAGACAGUGAACACUUGCAGAAUAUGUAAUGAGAAAUUUCGAGACAUCACGCUCCUGGAUGAGCACAGAGCCAAAGCUGGUCAUUAUCAGUGCAAUAUUCCCGAUUGUUUGAGUUCAGCCUUCAAGACCCGAUCGGAUUUAACAACUCACAAGGUUCAGGCCCACGGGGCCCCCUUAUCCCCAAGUAUAAGUAUGACUAACAUCACGAGAUCGUCCCCUCAGUUGAGUGAGGGAUCGCCUAGAAUGAGUCAAAACUCCCCCCAUUUGAGUAAUCACUCGCCCCAUGGCCUCAAUAUUGAGCAAUCGGGCUCACAAAUCACGAGGACGUCACCCCACACCCAUUCACCAACGUUUGGACCUGGGGGAAGUGGCCAGAUGAUUCCCCCAGUGAAUUUCGAUCAAUUGCCAGCUCCUGUUCAACAACUGGCUCAGCAGGUCCAACGUAUGCCCCUUCCUCAGGCGCAGAUGCCCCCCUCGAUGCCUCCAAAUGUCAAUACAAUGAUCCCAGGACCAAAUUACUACAUGCAACCACCUGGGAGACCACCUCCACCCAUGUACAGAGCACCUGGACCCCAGGGGAUGCAGUAUCCACCUCACGUAGCUGCUUAUCUCCAGUCACAGUUUGGAGGUUAUCAGCCUUAUCAAAAUCCCCCCAUGCAUCCACAGAUGCAGCAGCAAGUGCCACGAGUCAGGUAUCCACCGAUGAUGCCGGCCCCCAGGGGUCCGAGAUUAGCGCAGAUCCCUGCACCACCCAGGGCCAGGAUAAAGAGGCCUGGACCACCUCCACCGCCCCAGACUAUUCCUGUACCGAGAGGCGAACCUGUGGCCAAACAGAGGAGAAUGGACGUCCUGCUUCCUGAUAGGAAUGAGGACGCUGACUGCCAUGUUAUUGUCCAGCAGAAGAGGAACGAUGGCCUGCCGGUUAUUCAGAAUGUUCAGGGGGCCAGUCAACCCACGGGCAGGAAUGACUCUACCAUCCAUCUGACCGAUUCCAUCACUCUGAGUGUUCGUCAACCUGGUUCAACUCCAGCUCAACCACCAAAUUCCCCAACGACGACAGCCAAAAAACCCGACGCCAAGGCAGUCGCCAAUGUCCUGGCAGCGCGCGGUAUCACAGUAACACCGGCAGCGAACAAGAACAAAGCGAAUGAGCAACAAAAACAGGUGCAACAACAGCAGCAACCCCAACAGGCAUCACCCAGGGCUCCGGCUCCAGCACCACCUGUUAAUGUCCUCAAUCUCAAUUCGGCUAUUUCGAUAAUCCCAGCGGCAAGGAAGCAGUCGCAACAGCAGCCAGAGCAAGGUGGACAGUUUGCUGUGCCCCAGAAUAAGCAGAGCAAGCCUGCGAACCAGGAAGUUGAGAGACCACCGAGGCCUCCUACAGUAGAUCUCACUCAGGACACGCCGGGACCGGAGGCGGCUAGGAUCAUUCGAAGGGGAAGACCUCCCAGAUCCGCAUUGACAUGUCAAAUUUGUGACAAGACGUUUGCAAGCCAAGAAAUAUUAAUGCAACACAUGACAUCUCAUCGAGGAACAAAUAAAUUACUCCACAAAUGUAAUUUGUGCACCGCUCAGUACCCCAACGCCCAGGCCCUAGCGGUCCACAAGCAAACGUACCACAAAGACAUGGAAGUGGCAUCGACAAAUGGUGGAACGGAAUUGGCAAUUCCCGUUGUAGAUCUAAAAUCCCCUCAAGCAUUAAACAGAUUACAGAGUCUAGGAAUUCAUAGUUAUAUUCCAUUAUCACAAUUGAGUGCUCAAACCGGUGGUUACUUUGGUCUACCGAUCAUAACAAUUGACGGACCAAGAAAUCAAAAUUCAUGUAAUUUAGGUGCACUAGGUGCUACUUCGAUAUUAAGUCUAGGCCCCCUAAAACACCUGUCGAACAGGUAACUACAAUUUUCGGUAAGCUAAGAUCAAUGAUAUUUCAUUUCAGUAGCUUUCUUUGGCAAUGCCAUGACUGUGUUAUUAAACAAAUUCAUUUAAUAAAAAAAUUUUCGAAUGCCAAACCCUUGAGAAAGAUAACAGUAUAUUGAAUAUUGGAAAUGAAAGAUAUUUAUAGAUAUGCGGAUAGGGAAGAGACAUAAUAUUUCAAUGUAGAGCACAAUAUAAUUUGGUUCUAUUGCAUGUUUUAAUGUCGGUCUUGGGGUUUUUAUGAUGCGUAGAGAACGAGGGCAUAGGAUUUUUCCAUCAGAUAACAUUUGAAACAGCAGUAUUCAGUGAUAGAAUUCCACAAGGACAAAAUUUUCUCAUACCUGAAAAGAUACCAGUUUUCGUGGGAUAAUACGUUUACUUUUGAAUUUUCUGUUACGAAUUAAUUUUAAGCGAAAAUAGUUUUUACGCGCUUUAGAAUUAAUCACACAGACUCAUCACUGAAUGCAUAUGAGUAUAAAAUUUAUUCUCUAUCUCUCGAAUCGAAAGACGAUAAGUUUCCGGUGAUAACUGACGACCAAUUGAUGCACUAAUAUUUGCGUAAAGUUAUAUUAGCUUUAAAUACUGUGUGUCAAGUACUUAAGUGCAUGUAAAUAUGUUUGUUCGAUUAAUCAGUGAGAGUUACGAGAGAGUUGACGUUUUAUCCCUUUUUAAUGAGAAAAAUAGAAUAAUUUAUUGGUUUUUCUUGUCCUAUAUUGAUAAAGAGUGGCAUGAAAGAUCUUUGGUGAUAAAUCCCAUAGUUCAGAACUGAUUUUAUAUAUCACUGUUGUACAUACUGUAUCAUAAUUAUUUUUAAGAAUACUACAGCUGAAUAACGAGUGUAGGUGUAAGGAGAAAAAAUUACAAAGAGUAAUAUGAUGUUACAGUCUCUGUCAUCUAAUUAUUUUAUAAAAAUUAUUAAUUGUCA